AUGGUAGGUGAUUGGAAUUAAUUAAUGGAACUGUUAAUAAAAAUAAAAGGGACAUUCAAUAUAUAUGUUAAUCAUACUGAUGAUUUAAUUAUAACAGAUAGUUUAGAUAAUAAGAAAAUCAAAUUUUGGAGGAAAUAUAUCUAAUGA